UCGGAAUUCGAGGUAUUGCCACGCGCGUAUUUAGCAACACUGUUCACUGGCAUCUGCUCUCUGGCAGAGGUUGGUGUAAUAUUAUUUUUCGUGCAGUAAUGAAAGGUCUUCGAUGUGUGAUGCGACACAAUAAUGUGAUAUAGAUUGAGGAAUAGGUAAUUUAUUUUUAUUAAAAUAAAAUAAUGAGUGAUGAAAAGCAACCGCUCCUCACGGGGCCAAAUAUUCCUGAUUAUAUCGAGGUACAGCCUGUGGAACUGACUGCUGGUUCGCUAGCAACGCCGGACGAAAAACCUAAACCCGAUUACCACCCAGCUUCGGAAAGAUGUUUAGAAUAUCCGACGUCGAAUUUCGAUACCUUAAUACACCUUCUUAAAGGUAACAUAGGUACCGGCAUCCUGGCAAUGCCAGAUGCAUUUAAAAAUGCUGGAUUAAUAUUUGGUGUAUUUUGCACUAUGGUUAUGGGAGCUAUAUGCACACAUUGCAUGCAUGUGUUAGUUCAGUGUUCUCAUGAGCUAUGCAUCAGAAGUCAAAGACCCGCAUUAAGCUUCUCUGAAGUCGUCGAAGAUUCGUUUGCUUCAGGCCCUAUAUCUUUUCGGCCAUAUGCUAAGAAAAUGAAGACUAUUGUUAAUGUUUUUCUGGUCACAACACAAUUGGGAUUUUGCUGUGUAUAUUUUUUAUUUGUUGCCACUAACCUGCAAGACUCGCUGCGUUUAUUUCAUAUAAAUUUACCUGUACACGUGUACUUGGUGUUGCUGUUCCCGCCAAUAUUAGCACUUUCUAUGGUGAAAAAUUUAAAAUAUUUGACACCAGUGUCUCUGAUUGCUUCUAUAAUGACCGCUUGGGGUCUUGUAAUAACAUUUUACUAUAUUCUGCAAGAUUUGCCACAUACUGACACGGUGAAAGCCAUAGCUACUUGGCAUCAACUGCCAUUGUAUUUUGGUACAGCUAUAUAUGCAUUUGAGGGCAUCGGAGUGGUAUUGCCAUUAGAAAAUAACAUGAAAACUCCUGAAGACUUUGGGGGAUGGACGGGAGUUUUAAAUACUGGUAUGGUCAUUGUAGGAGCACUGUAUACAGCAGUAGGCUUUUUUGGAUAUUUGAAAUAUGGUAAUCAUGUUCAAGGAAGCAUAACACUAAAUUUGCCGAAUACCCUAUUAGCUCAAAGUGUAAGGUCUGUAAUGGCAGCUGCAAUUUUCCUUUCGUACGGUCUACAAUUUUAUGUACCGAUGAAUAUAGUGUGGCCUUACGUGAAAUCUAAAUUGACUUCAGAACAAGCGCUGAAAUAUGGCGAGACUGUUACAAGAUUCGUCCUUAUAUCAACAACAUUUCUGGCUGCAGCGUUGAUUCCAAACUUAAGCGGAAUUAUUUCACUCGUUGGUGCAUUCAGCAGUUCGGCGCUCGCUCUCAUAUUCCCGCCGAUUAUAGAAAUCAUGACCUUCUGGCCGGACCAAUUGGGUAAAUAUGAUUGGAAACUGUGGAAGGACGUUGUUAUUAUAAUAUUCGGUAUUACGGGUUUUGUAUUUGGUACUUAUACUAGUAUAGAAAAUAUUAUAAUCCACACGUAAAUGAAUGCUUCAAGGAAUAAAAUUAAAAAAUCAUAUUUACAUGCUUACCAAAGAUUACGAAAUGUAAUAAUUUAUUAUAAAAUUGACAAUAAUGAUUAUUUAUAUACUUAUUCUCUGUGUCUAUAUAACUGUUGCUUUUUAGAUAAUUUGUUGUUACCUAUAGAGUGUUAUUGGGAUGGUGAUGUUUUGAAGCAAAUAAGCUUACGACCAGUUUACUCUGGACAACACAAAAAGAUGUACGACUUACGAGUACAUACGAACUACACUGUUUGUGUUAAUUGUUGGUAUUUCCAGACAUGCUUUUUAAUAUCUACACUGUGCUUAAAACACCAUCGUCUUAGGUCUUAAUAUGUUAUAAGCUAUUGAUGAGCUUUUAGUAUUAAUUUAGUAAAAUGUUACUGGUCAUUCGUAAUGUGGAGUACCUGGAGAAAAUAUCAUUCCUAAAUAAUUAGAUGUAAUCUUGAAGUGAUAUAAUUUUGUAUUGGUAUAUUAUACAUUUGUAUUGACUUAUUGUGAUUCAUAGAUUUAUUGUUAUUGUUUUUAUUUGAUAUCUUUGACAGAAUCUUUAUUUUAUUAUUUAACUAAGCACAAAUACUUACUAGUGAUGAAUUAUUUUUUUCUUCUGUUGAUAGAAUUUGUAUCGUUUCAGUUUGCUCGGUUAAAUAAUCAACGUGCUAAACAAAUUUAUACGUUUUAUGCUUUUCUCAUGUGUGUCUAAUCUAGGUAAUUUAGAGACCAUAGCACACAAGCGUAAUAUGGUUUAUUACGUGGAGAUCAAUAUUUAUACGCCUUACCUACCAUAUUCGGCGAAAUGAAUUUUAACAUUUAUCUAUAAUAAACAGAUUUAUUUAUUUAUAUGUAAAUACGGUUAUAUUUUCAUUGUAUCUUUUAUAAAAAGAGACAACAUGAUUGUUAUAGUAUUAGAAGUACAAAAUUUUAAAUGUGAAAAAAGAAACAUCGUACUUACAAAACAUAAAUGAACAACAACAAACAAACAACAUUAUAAAUAUCAUAUUAAAUUAUUUUAUUGAGAUGCGUGGAGAUCAUAACAAUUAACAUAAAGGUACAAUUGUUUACAAAAAACUUUUUCCGUCUCUGAAUGCUUUAAAUUUCAGAAUUAUAUAACUUUAUUUAGAUCUCUUCUAUAUCCCGUAAAACGAUUAUACCGUAAGUGUGCUAUGCGCCUUAGUUACUAUGAUUAUUGUCGUAAAUGACUUGUACAUUCCUAUACCUACUAUUAAAGUUUUACAGUUACCAGUUACGACAUGAAUAAAAGGGUGUACAGAAACAACUAUUUAUGCUUCAAAUACGCAACCAAGGUUGAUCAAACAAGCAGGCUUAAAUAUGAGAAAGUUUAUUACACGCAAAUAACGAAAAAUAUUAUAUAUUACCUGCUAGUUCAUGUCAAUAUCACAAUUUUUCAUAUUUAACAAAUUAGCCUACAUAUGUCAUCAGAUAUGGUAACUGCCCGAAAUUUUUUAUGAAUUUAUAUUUUUACAAUUACAAUACCUAUGCGUGUAUCCCAUUUUGUGCUGCAUGUAAUAAGUUAAAGUUGAAAUCAGCAUUCUGGAAAGCGAACUCGAUAUUCAAACGAAAUAAACCAAGCUGUAAAAGUGAUAUCUCUAGAUUUGUUGCAAAUUACUGCUGCGAUGAAACUUGUUUUCUUUUACAAUUUCUAGAUAUACAUAAGUAUCCACACAUGGGCGUGGUUACGGAUUUGCUCUAGAGGCUUGGAUGAAUAUUCUGAAAUCAACAAUACAAUUUAGGUACAUACUACAUAAAUAUAAUAUUUAGAAAUUAAUCUUUAGAAAUUGCCAUAAAUUUGAAAAAUUAAGAUAUUUAGAGGACAAAGUUUGCAUAUAAUAUGACCGUGCUUUGUAUAAAGUUAAAUCAAUAACAUACUCCUUAUUGACCUUUAAUUUAUUUUGAAAUGUUUUAAAGUUAGUAUGUACUUGUAUCAUAAUAUUGCUUUUGGUAGCUAUUGUUUUUUUUUGUUAGUUGUUUAAGCGUCCCGUGACUCGUACUACAACGCAUAGAUGCACUAACCCAUGAAAGUUCUGGGCUAUACAUACGUGUCUAUGCAUUCUAUUGCAGUUCCGUCACUGGUUGGUGAAUUAGCGCUCAUACAAGCGCGUAUUUUAUUGGUGUAAAACACGAACCUCAAACGCUUAAAUCGAAACGCGAUAACAGUCAACGGUGCGACGUACUGUCCGGUAUUAUUCCACUUGUUGCUUGCUGAUCUCCGAAUAAAAUUCCUAAAGCCGUGAUAUAAAUAAAACUACAUAAUGCUUUAGUUAAACAUUGUUCGUUUAUCUCCGUCAUUAGAUAUUAUGUAGUAGGUACGAAGUGAUUAAUGUUUUAGGGCAAUUAGUUCAUUUAGCUUAAAAAGCAAAAAGUGAUUUUAAUAAUUCGACCAUGGUUUACCUUUUUUUUGUAGACAUAAAUUUUGUGUAGAAUCUACCAACCCGAAUUAUCGAUUCUGAAACUGUGUUUUAAUGUCAUUGAAUAUGAAUGUAUGAUAAAGGUUUAUUGUAUUCUAAAAACCUCCCAAAUAUUUUUUUGUCUGCAUUUAUGCUUUCUAUAAACUUUCUAUAAACAUGAAAUUUCGGUAGCCUUCUGAGGGCUUCUUUUAUAGGCAUUUUCGUCCUAAGCCAUAAUAAUGCGCAAGUUGUUUUUAAUUCUUCGAAAUGUUUCUCAGUGAUAUGUAUUAUAUCCAAUGUAACUUAGUUUAUAACAUGGCGUGACCAAAAAUUAUCCGAAACAUUUAUUAUUAUUAUUGACAUAACUUUUCACUAAGAAAUCUUGAACUGUUUAUAAAAUUUAACGAGUUAUGCUCUCUUUGACGUUCGAUGUGUAUUUGUGUAUUUAGUAUAGAAGAAUAAAAUGUUUACGAAAGUCUU